UGCUUUGGUUUACUGUUGUCAUCGCGAGGAAUGGAGAAGUUACGCGAGAAUUUCCCCAGGAUUCGAGUUCCUAAAGGCGGGGACAAAGUGUACAAGGAUGAGUGCAUGUUCUCCUUUGAUACCCCGGAGAGUGAGACAGGGCUUUAUGUUUGCCUGAACAGUUUCUUUGGGUGGAGCAAGGAAUACGUUGCCAAGUAUUCAGAACGUUCAGGAAAUUGUGUAUUCUUACACAUUAAGAGAAUCAAAAGAGAGCUUCCCCCAGAGAAAGAACCAGAGCCCGACAAAAAAAUAGCCCGCUUGGCAAUUGGUGUUGAAGGUGGCUUUAACCCUGAUGCAAACAAGAAGAAAUUUGAAUACGAAGACACUAACUCUGUUGUGAUUCUUCCAGCCUUUGAUGUCAUACCCCUUCCAAAUCCUGAGCUCCCAGAGCUUGUACAGCAGAGCAUUAAUGGAAUACUGAAAGCAGAGUCUGCCUUGCAUUUAGCAGAAGUAGAGGCUGCCGCAGGUGCUUGGGAUGGAGAGAUACGGCAAGUCACCAAACAUGCUGACAACCUACAACAGCUUGACAAUGGGGUUAAGAUACCACCAAGUGGUUGGAAAUGUGAAGAAUGUGACAAGACUGAUAACUUGUGGCUGAAUCUCACAGAUGGUAAGAUUCUCUGUGGCAGACGGCAACUAGAUGGAUCAGGAGGAAAUAACCAUGCUGUGGAAUACUACCAGAAAACAAAAUAUCCACUCGCAGUGAAGCUUGGGACCAUCACCCAGGAUGGCAAUGCCGAUGUCUACAGUUAUGAUGAAGAUGACAUGGUUUUGGACCCUAACCUUGUUAAGCAUUUAGCUCACUUUGGUAUAAAUGUCAAAGUUAUGGAGAAGACAGAGAAGACCAUGUUGGAGCUAGAGAUUGACUACAACCAGCGGGCCUGGGAAUGGUCUCGCCUCACGGAGUCUGGGACAAAACUCCUCCCCAAAUUUGGCCCAGGCUACACAGGAAUGAAAAAUCUCGGCAACUCAUGCUAUGUGAAUUCUGUAAUGCAAGUGCUGUUCACUGUACCGAACUUUGUGGAGCGGUACUUUGCGAAUGGUACAAAUAUCUUAGAAGGUUACCAGGGAAAUAAUCCUGCUGAUGAUUUCAACAUUCAGAUGUUCAAACUUUCCCAUGGCCUUCUGUCUGGAAGGUACUCAAUUGCACCUCCCAAUGUCAACUUAGAAGAAGCUGUUGAUACAGAUGACCUGCAGCCAGGUAUAUCUCCUGUCAUGUUCAGAACCUUAGUUGGGAGAGGACAUGCAGAAUUCUCAACCAAGAAGCAGCAAGAUGCAAUGGAGUUCCUUGAACACAUCUUGAAGAUGACCUCAUGUAACUCAGCAGGAGUCACAGACCCAGGAAACUGCUUUAAAUUUGAGGUUGAGGAUAAGUUUGUAUGCAGUGCCAGCAAUAAGGUCCGUUAUGUGACAAGGCCUGACCAGUACCUACCGCUCCCAGUACCUGUUGAUGAGGCUGUCAACAAAGAGGAGGUGGCAGCCUAUCAAGCCCGCAAAGCAGAAGCCCAAGCUUCACAGGUGGUCAUGUACUUUUCUCAAAAGCUUGUCAAAUUUGGCAUCGGUCAAGAUUGGGUUCCAAUGAAGUAUGAUGUAUCCAUUGACAUGCCAGAAGUUCUGGACUUGUCUGUUUUAAGAGGGUUUGGACUGCAAGAUGGUGAAGAGGAGCUUCCAGAAACUACUGCUCCUCCCCCCAAAGAACCAGAAAUAGAUGCAGGUAUUGUCCAACAAUUAGCAGAAAUGGGAUUCCCAUGGGAGGCGUGUAGGAAAGCUGUUCACCUUACUGGGAACAAUGGAACAGAGGCUGCCAUGAACUGGGUCAUGGAGCACAUGGGUGACCCAGACUUUGCCGACCCUCUUGUCAUUAAGACUGACACAAAGAGUAACGAUACUUUCACUGCAAAUGAAGAGGGACUUGGAAUGCUGAUGUCCAUGGGAUUCACACGAGAGCAGGCAACUUUAGCUCUUAAAGAAACCAGCAAUAAUCUAGAACGUGCAGCAGACUGGAUAUUUUCACACCAACAUGAACUUGAUUCUCUUUUAGCGGCACAGAGUGGUGCUGCUGCUCCUCCCCCACAAAAGCCAAACUACACUGAUGGAGAACCUAAGUACGAGUUAACAGCAUUUAUCAGCCACAUGGGAACCUCCAUCUUUGUUGGCCACUAUGUCUGCCACAUUAAGAAAGAUGGAGAGUGGACAAUCUUCAAUGACAAUAAAGUCUCUAAAUCUGCAGAUCCCCCCUUGGACCUUGGUUAUAUAUACCUAUAUAAACGUGUAAAUAAUUAGGGACCGGUGGUAUGAAUUUCAGAAUCUGUAGCAGGAAGUAGGUAGUGGCCAUUUUGAAAAUUUCAUUAUUGUACCAAGUGCAGACCUAUACCAGAGGGAGGAUGAAAGGAGGAUGAAUAGCAGAUAGCUUAAGGAGUUUCACAAAAGAUUUUUUAUGAGAAUCUUCUUAGAGACUGAGUGUCAUGUACCAGUUACUUGGAUGUUUUAUGCAUUUCCCUUGUUUUUUUCAGUUUAAGGAUUUGUUCUACUUCAUAUUGGUUUUAUGUUCUUGAGGCCAGGGUUCUAUGCAUUUUGAUUCUACUUUUCCAAGUUUCAUUUGUCCUCAAGACUGACAUGUUAACAAGAAUCUUUGCUCUGUUUUCAGAGGAGAAAGAGCACUACACAUCACAUUAUGCAAAGAAAAAGGUUUAUGACUUAACCAAAUAAGAGGCCUUACAUUUUCUUAAGAGAUAUGCAAUAUAUAAAGUAAACAGAAUGUGAUAUAUAUAAAUAUAUGGACAUGUUCAUGGGAGCAAAGAAAAAAUGGACGAAAGAAGAGGAAAUAUUUCAUCUGAGGUCAUGCUGGCUAGGUGUAAAUGAUGCUUGUGAGCUCUACUGUGUCUCUAAUAUUUCUGAUCCCAGUCAAGAAGAAUGGGGCUCUGUCAAUACAUGCAAGCCUGUGUUUUUGCUGUCAUUUUCCAGUGCUUUUGUUGGCACAGAUAUUUGGAUCUCAUAAUCAUUCAGUAACUUUUAGGAAGGAUGUAAAAUCACAAGGGAAAUUGAUGAGCAUUGGCAUUCUAGAAGUUCCCCAUGAUUUUUGAGUCUAAUACCAGCACUUUAAUAUUUCCAUUGUGUUUAGUAAAUAGCUGUGAAUCUUACAGUCCUAAUAUUCCACCGGUUAGAUUGGAUUAAGUGUUAUUAGUUUAUGUUUUUUAUUAACUUUCCUAAUACAGCUAUGCUUAAAAUUAAUUGUUAGCUUAAAGCACAGCCACUAACAAUGUUUUUUUAAGAAUUUGUACUUGAUUUUUGUGUGUGUGUAGAAAAUUUUAUGGACAUACAUAUGUGGUUUGUGUGUGUAU